GCUAUCAAUAGACGAGAUAAUAUUAAUAGUGGUCGGAAUCGGAGGUUAGUGGCAUACAAUUUUUCUAUUUUCUAAAAUGAGUUUUACUGGGAAAGUUGUUUUGAUAACUGGAGCAAGCAGUGGCAUCGGAGCUGGUACAGCCGAACAUUUCUCGAAACUUGGAGCCUCGUUGGCAUUGGUCGGUCGCAAUGUAAACAAUUUAUCGGAAGUUAUAAAAAAAUGUGGCGAAAGUCCCGUCUUACCGAUCAUAGCCGAUGUGAACAAAGACGCAAAAGUCAUCAUCGAAAAAACCAUAGCACAUUUUGGUCGCCUUGAUGUGUUGGUGAAUAAUGCUGGUGCUGGUGCCAAAUCGUCGAUUGAAUCGACAUCAAUGGAACCGUAUGACUUCAUUAUGACAACAAAUCUUCGAAGUAUCUACGAAUUGACGAUAAAUGCGGUUCCACAUUUAAUUGCAACAAAAGGCAACAUUGUCAACGUAUCCAGUACGGCAGGACUACGAGCCUCUACCGUCGUUCUAACAUAUUGUAUGUCUAAGGCAGCUUUGGAUCAGUUCACCAAGUGCAUUUCACUGGAAUUGGCUCCGAAAGGUGUGCGCGUGAAUUCGGUCAAUCCGGCUGUGAUCAGAACCAAUUUUCAUAAGAACAUGGGCUUUGAUGAGGAGGAAUACAAAUUGUAUUUGGAAAAUUGCAAAAAGUCCCAUGCCUUGGGUAGGGUGGGAGAAGUUUCUGAAGUGGCAGAAGCUAUAAUCUUUUUGGCAAGUGACACAGCGAGUUUUAUUACUGGCACGUUACUUCCGGUUGAUGGCGGUAAAAUAAAUAUGUGUCCGCGAUAGAAAUAAAAACAGAAUUCUAC